AUAUGUCGUGUCAUCACAUGAUCACACAAUAUAAACUCUGCUGAGAACCCACGCUUCCUUCAUCCUCAUCACACACAGACCAUUUCAGAUUUCAGCUAGGGCACGCAACGCACCUUCUUCCUUCGCGGCCACCUCUCAAUUCUGCGCCGCCUCAAAAGGGUUGUUGGCCUGUCACCGUUUGAAAAUGGUGGAUGCUCAUGAGACUGAUAAGAACAUUGAGGUAUGGAAAAUCAAGAAAUUGAUCAAGGCUCUUGAGGCUGCUAGAGGAAAUGGGACGAGUAUGAUUUCCCUUAUUAUGCCUCCACGUGAUCAAGUGGCUCGUGUUACCAAGAUGCUUGGUGAUGAGUUUGGAACUGCUUCAAACAUCAAAAGCAGAGUGAAUCGACAGUCUGUGCUUGGUGCCAUCACUUCUGCACAGCAAAGGCUUAAGCUUUACAACAAGGUUCCUCCGAAUGGGCUUGUUUUGUAUACUGGAACAAUUGUGACUGAAGAUGGGAAGGAAAAGAAGGUCACCAUUGAUUUUGAGCCUUUCAGACCAAUCAAUGCGUCUCUCUAUCUUUGUGACAAUAAGUUUCACACUGAAGCUUUGAACGAGCUCCUGGAAUCUGAUGACAAGUUUGGCUUUAUUGUCAUGGAUGGAAAUGGCACUCUGUUUGGAACCUUGAGUGGUAAUACAAGAGAGGUGCUUCAUAAGUUUAGCGUUGAUCUCCCGAAGAAGCAUGGACGAGGAGGGCAAUCAGCUCUACGGUUUGCCCGUCUUCGCAUGGAGAAGCGUCAUAACUAUGUGAGGAAGACUGCAGAGCUCGCCACCCAGUUUUAUAUUAACCCUGCUACCAGCCAGCCCAAUGUUUCAGGUUUGAUACUUGCUGGGUCAGCUGAUUUCAAAACUGAGCUUAGUCAGUCAGAUAUGUUUGAUCCUCGACUUCAGGCAAAAAUACUUAAUGUUGUAGAUGUAUCUUAUGGAGGGGAGAAUGGGUUUAAUCAGGCUAUUGAACUAUCUGCUGAAAUUCUGGCCAAUGUAAAGUUUAUUCAGGAGAAAAGAUUGAUCGGAAAAUACUUUGAGGAAAUCAGCCAAGAUACAGGAAAGUAUGUUUUUGGUGUGGAUGAUACCCUUAAAGCUUUGGAGAUGGGUGCUGUUGAGACACUUAUUGUGUGGGAAAAUUUGGAUAUGAAUAGGUAUGUCUUAAAAAACAAUGUUACUGGUGAGAUUGUCAUUAAGCACUAUAACAAGGCAGAGGAUGCCGACCAGAGCAAUUUUAGGGAUCCCGUGAGCUCUGCUGAUUAUGAGGUUCAGGAAAAGUUGUCCCUGUUGGAGUGGUUUGCAAAUGAAUACAGACGGUUUGGUUGCACUCUUGAGUUUGUCACCAAUAAGUCACAAGAAGGCUCACAGUUUUGCAGAGGUUUUGGUGGGAUAGGGGGUAUCUUGCGUUACCAGCUUGAUAUGAGAUCAUUUGAUGAGUUCUCUGAUGAUGGAGGUGUAUAUGAAGAUUCUGAAUAGCAAUCAAUGAAAUGCUUCCUACUGCUGGUGCAGGAAGGGAAGGUCAGAAUACCUGCACCAGUAUGGGAGGUGGUUGCACGUGCUGCUACUGCUCCUCCUCCUCCUCAUCUGUCUGUGGUGAUGCGUGGAAGGUUUGUUUGUGAACCGAGAUGCUUUGCCCCAAAGUUGCUCUCUGAUAUGAGUUGCUCUCUUGUUCUCAUAUCUUUCAAUCUCUGGCACGACAAAUUUCAGCAACAUUGCUGGCAACAACUGCUCCCCUGCUAUCUGCUUGCAUUCAGAAAGGCAAGAACUGAAUCAUGCCCCCCCAAGAAAAACGAACUAGCAUUAAUGAAG